UCCAAUGAAUAAUCUCAUAAAAUAAAUAAAAUUGUGUGUGAAAGUGGUGUGAGAUGGAGAGGUGAUUUUUGGAGUGUCUUGUGAAAAAUAAAAAGGAACACCAUGGACAACGAGCAGCCCCACCAGGAGCUAGUCAAGUGCGUUGUGGUCGGUGACACGGCGGUCGGCAAAACGCGGCUGAUCUGCGCGCGAGCGUGCAACAAGCAUGUGUCCCUGUCGCAGCUUUUGACAACGCACGUGCCCACAGUGUGGGCUAUAGACCAGUACAGGAUAUAUAAGGACGUUCUAGAACGUUCUUGGGAGGUGGUGGAUGGAGUCAACGUGUCUCUUCGUCUUUGGGAUACCUUCGGAGACCAUGAGAAAGACAGGAGAUUUGCCUAUGGAAGGUCGGACGUGGUACUGCUGUGCUUCUCCAUCACCAAUCCCAUAUCUCUCAGGAACUGUGGAGCCAUGUGGUAUCCAGAAAUCAGGCGAUUCUGCCCAAACACGCCCAUCCUACUCGUCGGCUGCAAGAACGACCUCCGCUACAUGUACAGAGACGAGACCUACCUCAACUACUGUAAAGAUCGCAGUCCCUUUAUACGGGCACCACGUAAAAGCGACCUCGUAAUGCCCGACCAAGCGAGGGCUUUGGCUCACGAGUUGGGCAUAUACUACUACGAGACGUCGGUGUUCACGUACUACGGGAUUAACGAGGUGUUCGAGAACGCGAUACGGGCAGCGCUCAUCGCGAGGAGACAGCAGAGGUUCUGGAUGACUAACCUGAAGAGAGUGCAAAGGCCGUUGUUGCAGGCACCUUUCCGCCCCCCGAGACCCAUAGAGCCGGAGGUGGUGGUAGUAAACAGCACGUUUUUGGAAAACAUGGCAACACUUCUAAGACAACAGUACUUCUCCGACAUGGUGAUCAUCUGCGGCGCGAAGGGUUUCCCUGUCCACCGGUUCGCGAUGGCGUGCGCGUGCGAGGCUUUUCACCGGCUGCUCGCGGCCGAGUCGCGGCUGGCUGCGGACCUCGCUGCCGACCUGGCCAGGAGUUCCAGUGAGAGCAGCAUGGUCAGCAGUAUGGGUGAAGCUACAGCUGGCGAAUUCAAUGAAGACACAGAAUACUUAAUACGACAGGAUCAAGCGAAACAGAUGAGAGUAUGGGAUCAGAUCAAGCGGCGCUCGUCGUGUCAGAUUCUGCCUCUCAGUGACAGCUGUAAGAAGCCGCCGGAUCUGUGCAGGGAGGUCAACCAUCCUGCCAUAGUGUCCAUCAGAGUUGUCAAGUGUGACAAAGUCCAACACGGCACGUCCCAAACUCAAACCAUCGUGACAAUGAGCAAGUUGAUAUCACAGAACGUCAUGCAAGAGAUUAUAAACUUCAUAUACACAGGAACUGUGGACAGCGCGGCUUUCAAGCAGCAGUCCGCUGCUAUUGGAUUACUGCUGGAAAUACGACAAGCAGCGGAACUCCUCGGCUUCCACGAGCUGACGAAACUCAGCCAGUUCAUCCUGGACCAACACUUGCUGUUCGACAAGGGUUUCAUGCAGCAGUUCCACACUCCCAUACCUCAGCGUCUCCGUGAGAUGUACGUGGAGAGGAACCUCUUCGCUGACGUGACCUUCGACCUGGACGACGGCAUCCACCUCGCUCACCGGGCCGUGCUGAUGGCGCGCUGCGACCCCAUGAAGGCCAUGUUCCAGGGACACUUCAGGGAGAGCACGUCGAGAGUGAUAUCGUUCCCCGGCGUCAAAAUGUACGAGUUCCACAUCCUCCUCUGCUACAUCUACUCGGACAAAAUACCGGCUGUGGAGCCGGUGAGGUGUCUCGAGCUACUGGAGCUCGCGAAUCGGCUGUGCAUGAACCGCCUCGUGAAUCUAGUGGAGGCCAGGGUGAUAGAUCUGCUGCAGCAUCAGGACAGACUAGGUGAAGAAGAUCAAGUCGUGGAGAUAGCACUUUCGCUUUUGGAGCCUGUAAAGAUGCACAACGCACACAAGCUGUCAGAGUGGUGUACGUGGCGGCUGUGUGGCGCGUACGACCGCGUGUGUCGCGCGAAGCACCUCAGCGCCGCGACUCGCGACUACCUGGCCGACAACCGGUGGCCGCCGGUGUGGUUCGUGAAAGAGUUCGACUACUACCAGAAGUGCCUGUCGGAGCAGACGCGCGAGCUGCGGGAGCUGCGGCCGGCGGCGCUGCAGCACACGCCGCAUACCGGCUGCCUGUGUUUCACUAGUAAAGUGCGUCGUGAGAGCGAGGCGACGGUGGACGCGACGACGUCGCUGUGCCGCACCGAGCCGCCGCAGCCGCCGCUCUGACACUUGCCUUACUGGAGAUCGCUCCGGUUCGCGGUUCUCCUGCCAGUGUCAAUGUGUUUCAUGAGCACAAUACUGACUAUACUUAUAAUUUUCCAUAUUUACACAUAGGAUGUGAAUAAACCCCUGACUAUACUUAUAAUUUUCCAUAUUUACACAUAGGAUGUGAAUAAACCCCUCAAUCUAUAGCCUAUUCGUGGUAAAACAGUGGAGCAAUAAUUAUGUCGGGUAAGACA